CAAUAUAACUAGCGCUGGCAACCAAAACCUAGCCUGGGAGAGGGGGAGAGAGGGAGAGAGAGACUUUCCCCCAGCCACCCCCACCCCUUUUUCUUUUUUCUCCAAGGCUGCACUUUGGAAGAGAUCAUGUAGAAAGGACAGAAAGUGAGCAGGGAGCGGGGGCUUUUGUCUAUUGUUCUCCUUGUGCUCCUUGAGAGAAACUGCAAUCCCAAGACUUAACAGAAUCUAAAAAUGGUUUAUCAACCAAGGUUAACGAUUUGGGUAAGCCAGAAAACCUUCCCAACCAGCCAAGGGGAUGGGGGAUUUCCAAAGGGAAGUCUCCCCAUCUCAAAGGAAGUAAAUCGCAAGAAGAAAAGCGAGGUGGAGGGGGCAUGCCUGGUUCCAGUGAAUGGCUAUGGACACCAUUUCACCAAAAUCAAUUACCUCUACUCUUUUUAAUCAUAAUUUCUCCAUUUGUAUUACAUAUGGUGUAUGGGUUUGAUGAGGUCAUGGUGUCAUAUAUCGGGAAUUGUUUCUGUGUAAAUCAUCAAGUGUAAGAAGAAACUAUGGGACUCUGAGCCUUGCUUUAGAGAAUAACAGUGGACAAACGUGUACCAUAAAAAUAGUUUUUAACAUUCUGACUCAAGCGAAAGCUCUCAGAAUAUCACACUGUGAAUCCAUGUUUACAAACAUUACAGGUGGGCCCUCAGGCCUGGUUCUACCACAGCAAUGUCUUCCACUACUCAAACUCCACUGCUCACAUGCAACCGGUAAAUUGCUCUCUCCAUUUCCACCAUCCUGAACUGCUUCUUGCAGAGGCUGAGAGUCCCCCUUUUUUUUUCAUUUAGAUGUAACAAGCCUAGUAGUUUAUUUUCAUUGAUUGUCUGUAUAUCUCUAUAUUUUAUCCAUGUACUCUUUUGAUGUAUAGAAGUAGUAUGAAACUCAUGGUUUCCUUGUGGUAAGUGAUUGUGAUGCUGCCACGGGAUUUGAGACACUGAUGAAUGGUGCUAUUUUGGACUUUAAAUAUGCUCCUUGGCAAGGUAGCUCUGAUGGAGUUAUUUUUUAUUUCCAUGUUCUGAGAAGGUGUUGGUACUUUGUUUUUCUGAAUGUUGUUCUUUAGACUGGACUGACUUGUUUACUUGUGUCUUCAGUGUGGCUUUCUUAUUCAGUGCUGUAGGUGAGUAACUACUUAUAGUGUACAAGUGAGGAACUGAUUCCCUAUCAGGGUCCACUCACAAACAUGCAGUUAUAGUGGGAGCAAUCACAAAACUGUAAUUUACGUAGAAUCUCCUUUCUGACUCCUAUCCACCUCAUGGAGAAAGAUGAGCAAUAAUUUUCCACCAACCUCUCAAAAUCUCUUUUGAUUUUGUCUUUUUUUUAAGCCUUUUUUUAAAGAAGGGACAAGUUUUAAUGUCCUCUUCGAAUCCAUAAAAUAGGGGAUAUUGUAAGAAAAACACUGCAAAUUUCUGGGAGGAGAAGUCCUAAAGGGGAAAGAGUACAUUUCCACGGUACCGUCAACAUGUGGACUUUACAUUUUUGUUCUUGCUCCCAGACUACUAUCAAUACAAAACAACACAAAACACAAAAUUAAACAGUAUCAUCUACUCAUGGAGUGUUGUUGUGUUAGACACAGUCUGAAAGCCCACCUUAAUUUUUUAUAUAACUCUGUCUUUUAGCUCUUCCUUUUACAGGGCAGGCCUUGUUCUGAACUGUUUUAGCUUCUGACUGUUAAAUACCAAUGCAUGCACUGCAAUUCCUAGAUUUCUUUCCUUUUCCCAGGUUCUGUAUCCCUUUUCUUGUACAUUUUCUUUUCAAAUAGAUUAGAUAGGUCUACUGUGCUGUAUAUAGUGCAAGAAAUAAUAUUCAGCAGUUGUGGCAUUUAUGUAUAGUUGCAGUUGUGUACUGCUGAAAAUGCAGGCUUUUGUAACAAUGUGAUCUUUAAUAAUGCACUACAAGUACCCAAUGUAUUUUAGCUAUUUUAGUAGGAUUUGUUCAAUAAAUAUGCAAGCUCUAAGGGUA